AUGGCCGAGCCAGGUUUUCAUGUUAUUAUCGUCGGGGCUGGGACGACGGGUCUUCUCAUCGCACAGGGCUUGAAGAAAGCCGGAAUUUCUGCCACAGUGUACGAGAAAUACUCGGAUGACAAAUACCAAGAACGAUCGGGAAAAUGGACCAUGGCCCUCCAUUGGUCUAUUCCUCAUAUCCAAGCAUGCCUUCCACCAGAGCUGUUUGAGCAACUGAAAUCCGUUGAGACCAACCCAUGGGGAAAACAAGACCCCAAAGUAGUAGGAAACAUUCCACUUAUCAACGGGCGCUCUGGUGAGCUGCUGGCAAACGUCCCUAUGCCAAGUCCAAGGCGGAUAGUGAGGGGUAAGCUCAGAGACCUGUUCAAUGUGGACGUCGAUGUCCGUUAUGGUCAGUCCUUGACAGAUGUCCAUGUCAAUUCUGAUGGGGUUACGGCCACUUUCAAUAAUGGUGAAACGGUCGUCAAUGGUACGGUUCUCGUUGGUGCCGAUGGUGCUCGGAGUGCUGUUCGUGGUCAUCUGGUGGACGAGAUGACAGCCAAGCUUGACAAAGCGAACACUAUGAUCUUGCUGAGCCCACAUCCUUACCAAAACACUAAUAUCUUCUCGACCGUCGCCAACUUUGUUGACCCGGAAGAACCGGAGACGUGGGUGUUUCAGUUUAGUCUCUCCAUCUGGACUGAUGAAUAUCCUCCUGCCUCUCCAGAAGAGCGCAGACACCUUUUCAAGUCCUACUUGUCAACCUAUUGUGAGCCAUACAGAUCGGUCGCGGCGUGGCUGGCGGAUGACAUUGAGGUCGGUGGAGAAUCGGUGAGAGUCGUUCCCAAAGAUAGCUUGGUGAUUCUCGACUAUCACAAGUUCCAUUACUGGGGGAACAUUACUCCUUGGAAUAACCAUGACGACCGAGUAACUCUCGCUGGAGACGCGGCGCACCCCAUGGUUCCCUUCCGCGCUCAGGGUCUGAACAAUGCAGUCGAAGAUGCUAGGCUCUAUGUCGACGCUAUCAGAGGUGUCUGCCAUAAGAACAAAGACUUUAGAGCGAGCAUUAGUGCUUAUGAUGAAUCGGCUUUCAGGCGGGGUAAGGCCGACAUCGCUGUGUCUAAUGAUCAGAUGUUUGCCUAUCACUACCGGGAGUCGGUCAUGAAUGGGCCUCUGAUGCGAAAUGGAUAUUCAAAGAAUCCGUGA